AUGUCGGGUCACCAGGAUGAGGGUCUCGAAAAUGAAGAUGCUCCAGGGAGCAUAGUGCAAGCUCAAGUGCAACGCGACUUUCAUCAUCCAUAUACACCUUAUGCCAUUCAAGAUACCUUUAUGGAUACUGUCUAUCAAGUUCUAGAAAAUGGCAAAAUUGGCAUUUUAGAAAGUCCUACCGGUACUGGCAAAUCAUUGAGUUUAAUUUGUGGUUCUUUGACUUGGCUGCGCGAUUACAAACGGAAGACCUUUGAACAAGGUCUCGAUUGGGGUCAAGGUGACUCAGACGAACCGCAGUGGAUUAUCGAGCAGACAAGAGCAAGGAAACGGCGCGAGAUGCUUCGUCAACGGGAAGAAAUGGAAGCCAGAUUAGCAAAAGUUCGAGCCAAGGAAAAAGCGCAGCGUGACAGGUACAUCAAAGGGGAUCAGAAAUUUAAGAAGAGGAAAACCGAUAAGGAGGCUGCCGAAAAUGAUGAUGACGAAGAGCAAUUCUUUCUUGACGAUUACGAUAGCGACCGCGAGGAGCAGGGUUUGAAGGACGACGGAGGCAGUCACUAUUCUGCAGCGACCUUGGCGUUGAUGGCGAAGCUUGGAAUGGGCCCUACUGUGUUAAAAGAGGAUGAAGAGGAAGUAGAAAAUGAGACCAAGAUUUUCUAUUGUUCUCGGACACAUUCCCAGCUCACCCAAUUCAUCAAUGAACUCCGCCGCGUGGAAUUCCCAGCAGCAAUUCCGGACGAGGAACCAGGCAAGGAAAUAAAGAUCGAAGAUCUAAAACACCUUACUCUUGGGUCACGAAAAAACCUCUGUAUCAACCCUCGAGUCAACAAACUGAACUCAGUAACGGCGAUCAACGAGCGUUGCGCUGAGCUUCAAAAACCAGGAACAGCUCAAGAACAUAAAUGUGAAUUCUUACCCAACAGGGAGAAUCAAUCCCUUGUUAACGAUUUCCGCGAUCAUGCUCUUGCAACGCUCCGGGAUAUCGAAGAUAUGGGGUCGCUUGGCAAAGAGAUUGGAAUUUGCCCCUACUACGCUUCAAGGGCCGCAAUUCGACCGGCAGAGAUAGUAACGCUACCGUAUCCCCUGCUGCUUCAGAAAAGCGCUAGGGAGGCUUUAGGGCUCAGCUUAAAAGGGCAUGUAGUUAUCAUUGACGAGGCACACAAUCUGAUGGACGCUAUUUCCGGAAUCCAUGGAGUAGAAGUUAGUCUUAAACAAUUAAGGCUAGCUAGAGCACAGCUUUGGCAAUACCUGCAGAAGUUUCGUAAUAGGUUGAAGGGCAAGAAUCGGAUUUAUGUUAGUCAGGUUAUUCGAGUAAUUGAUUCUUUGGCUGGAUACCUGGAGGGGAGGUUGUCGAUUCCGCAAGCAGAUGGCACUGUCUCCGAAAAGGAGCUAUUUUCCGGCAAGGGAGUUGAUCAGAUCAAUCUGUUUAAGUUAUUACGCUACCUUCAAGAAAGCAAACUUGCGCGCAAAGUCGAAGGCUACGCCGUCCAUAUAACGUCUGUUUCCUCGAAAAGCAGCAUUCCCCAACAACCUGCCCAGCCUAAACAAGAUGGAUCCGCUACUCCGGUACUCCACCAUAUCGCUUCGCUCCUUUCGGCACUCACUCACCCUUCGAAAGAAGGCCGGCUCUUCUUCUCCAAGCCGACCAAUUCACCGGAGGGUGAAUCAAUUUCUCUCAAAUUUCUUCUCCUGGACCCAUCCACUCAUUUCCACGAAAUCGUCAGCGAAGCGAGAGCCGUGAUAUUAGCAGGCGGUACCAUGUCACCAUUCUCCGACUAUACCUCUCAUCUCUUCCCCUAUAUCCCCCCAACUUCCAUCGUGACCCUUUCUUGCGGUCAUGUAAUCCCCAAGUCCAAUCUCAUAGCAUGGAACCUCUCCCGCGGGCCUUCAGGGCAAGACCUCGAAUUCACAUUCAAAAACCGCAGUAACGCAGAGAUGGUCAACGAACUCGGACGCGCACUCUUAAAUAUUUGUACCGUCGUUCCUGACGGAGUUGUCGUUUUCUUCCCAAGUUAUAGCUACCUCUCGUCCAUCAUUUCACAGUGGUCCGUUAUCCCGAAUACCAACAGUAACCAAACAAACACUGAGAAAAGCAUCUAUCAACGCCUGGAAGCGAAGAAACCUAUAUUUACAGAGAAAAAGGACCUUUCAGUUGAUGCCAUCCUCUCCGAGUACGCUAGCGUAAUUGACACGGGUAAGGGUGGGCUUCUGCUCAGCGUCGUCGGUGGCAAAAUGUCCGAAGGGAUAAACUUCUCAGACAAACUGGGCCGCUGCGUCGUAAUCGUCGGCCUUCCUUUCCCUAAUAUCAUGAGCGCGGAAUGGAAGGCAAAAAUUUCCUACAUCGAAGCUGCGACUCUUGAACGUCUGCAAUCGCAGUGCAAUGCUAAUGAGGGAGCAAAAAUGAAUAAGGACGAAAUGAGCAAGAAAGCUAAGGAACAAGGAAGAGAGUUCUACGAGAAUGCUUGUAUGAGGGCGGUCAAUCAGAGUGUGGGCAGAGCUAUUCGACAUAGGGAGGAUUAUGCGGCGAUUAUUAUGGUGGAUAGGAGAUACGAGGGAGAGAGGAUUAGGGGGAAGUUACCUGGGUGGAUUAAGGAGGGCUUGGUUGAGGGAGCGGGGGAGAAGACGUUUGGAGCGCUGAUGGGGGGUUUAGGAGCGUUUUUUAGAGGGAAGAGGGAGCUAGGUGGGUGA